UCGACCAGCUGCUCAUCUGCAUUUGGUUUCCCCUACGCAGUUUUUAGAAUCUCCUUGGUUGAAGUUGUCAUCGACUCAUUCUCCGAAUUACCACGAGUUCCCCCUCAGCCUCACUCUCUGCGCUCCUACAGCAAUGGCCCUCGCCAUGUCUCCCGCGAAGUCUCUUCCUUCCGCCAUGACUUCUGCAUUCGUCGGUCGACCAGUGACAUCGGUGGCGUCUCCGAUGCAAAGACCCAACUCUUCGGCGAUCCAAUCACGGAGUCCCAUACGUGCAGAGCUACUUUCUUCUGACUGUAACGCCUGGUCAGGCGAUUCCUUGCGAUCAGAGAUCGCGUCGCCAACGGCUCACGCGCCUGUUCCGGGUCUUCAUUUAUCAAAGCGAUCUCCCACCACAUUAUCAGCGUCCCUUCUUGCCGUUGGGCCACUUGAUGGGGCUGGAGUCACUGUCCGAGUGAAUGAUUCCGCCGCUCCGAAGUUCACUCCUGAGAAGGCCAGGCUGCUGCGCUUGCGGUUGAAGGAGAGCGAGGCACAUCAUGACAGGAUGUAUCACUCUGGUCUGGCAUCGAGAUUGGCCUGAAACCGCGGUCCUACAUGCAGUAUGCGGGCCAAAUUUGAGUUGCUGGUAGAUCAGCCGUGCUUUUGCCCGGAGCAGCAAACACUUAGCCACCCUUGUGUAUUCUUUGUGCUUGUUCAAUUAUUUAGCGUAACCUGUGCCUUCGUCAAUUACGGUGUAUUUAUUAUUGAUUUCGUUACGU